CGCCCAAACAUGGUAUUCACUUCCGUUUUUACGACAGUCUGUGAGUCGGUGUUCAUUUACGGCAGGCAGUGUAGGCACAUGUGUUUCCAGAGUCAACAGCGUCUUUCAAGAUCAGAAGGAAAGAGUAUAGUGUGGGGAAAAAUUAUUAAAGAAUGGCAACAAAGGAUCUCUGUCAUGUCAUUCCGCGGGGGUGGUGGUCGAGGAGGGGGUCGUGGCGGUGGUUUUAACAGAGGUGGUGGUCGUGGAGGCGGAUUUGGAGGGGGUCGAGGUGGCAGAGGUGGAUUUCACAGAAAUCAAGACUUCGGACCACCGGAGUAUGUUGUCGCUUUGGGAGAGUUCAUGCACCCCUGUGAGGAUAAUAUUGUCUGUAAAUGUGUGACGGAGGACAACAAAGUGCCCUACUUCAACGCUCCUGUAUAUCUGGACAACAAAGAGCAAAUUGGAAAAGUGUACGAGAUCUUUGGGCAGCUUCGUGAUUUUUGUUUUUCAGUCAAACUUUCUGAAAAUAUGAAGGCAUCCUCCUUCAAGAAGUUACAGAAGUUCUUCAUUGACCCUAUAAAGCUGAUGCCCCUCCAGAGAUUCCUCCCGAGGCCUCCAGGUGAGAAGGGGCCACCCCGUGGAGGUAGAGGAGGAGGAAGAGGUGGGAGAGGAGGUGGCUUCCGUGGAGAUCGUGGUGGCAAUGGUGGUGGUGGAGGAUUUGGUGGACGUGGAGGAUUCAGAGGAGGCAGAGGUGGAGGACGUGGAUUCAGAGGUGGAAGAUGAUGAAGGUCUCACAGUAUGGGAUGUGACCUUCCUUCUGCUGGGGAGACUUCCAGUGAGAAGCCCGAAGCAGCAUUUGGACUGUUAAUUGAUGCCGCUCUUGUACAGCUGAACUUUUUACUUUGUUUUGUACCAUAUGUGUAUUUUUCUGCAGUAGAUUUUUUUAUUUGGUAUACUAAUAGGGCUGAGGUUUUAAGUUACCACAUCCCUGUGUUCAAAGAGGGCAGGUGUCUCCAUAACCUUGACUGGUUGGUUUGCAUCCACUGACAGCUGGACCAGUAUAGACUUGAGCAACAUCAAGGUUAUGUAGUGUGACACAAUGGUAAAGCCAACUCCACAGAUACUACUAAUAAUAAUAAUGUAAAAAACAUUGUUGGAUUAUAAUGGAUAUUUGCAUUUACAGAAUUGCAAUUUGUUUCAUUUGAACUCCAGAUGCCACCAUGGACUUGCAAAAAAAACCCCGAUGGUAUUACU